AUGCAAGCUGCUGAUCAACACGUUACUGAAGUCUUAUAAAAGUUAAAGCUAGCUAUGAAGCACUACAAUAUUUCAACCAUAGAUGGCUACUUUAAGAUGGACAAAGAUAAUAACUUCGUAGUAAGCGUUAGUGAAUUUGGCGAGACUCUUAAGUAGGUCGAUCCAACUUUAACUGCUUAUGAAAUUUAAUUAGCUUUUGAUAGAUUUGACACAAACAAGUCAGGUACUCUUGAUUAUAGUGAAUUUUCUUCUAACAUGGAUAAGAUUUAAAUCCCAGACACCAAAACUUACACCACAAAAGAACAAUUAUAGGAAUCCUAAUAAAAUGUAUCCAAGGCUGAGUUAGAAAAGUUAUAAAAUGAUUAAGCUGCAUUGCAAACAGCAGCUGAUAGAGCAAUUAGCAAGCUAAAAUAAGCAGUUGCUUACUACAAUAUUAAUCUUUAUGAUUUAUUCAGAAAGUAUGAUAGUACUCGUGAUGGAGUUCUUGAUAUAAAUGAAUUUGCUAGACUAAUUCUCCAAAUGGAACCUAAUCUUGAAAUUACAGAUAUUUUAGCAGCAUUUGGUAAGUUUGAUUCUGAUUAAAACUACACUAUCUCCAUCAGUGAAUUUUAAGAUGCUAUUAAGAACUGA